AUGGGAAAGUUCACGAGAGAGGAAGAAGUUCUGCUCUCCAGCUAUUCACCUGCAAACUCAGCCAGGAGUAAUGCUUUAUUCUACCUCAAUGCUGUUGUGCUUUCUCUUGCACCGCUUUAUCUCUUCUACGGGGUCCAUCAGAUGGAAGUAUCUGAGUCAUGGAUUGUAUGGAUAAUUUCUGCUGUUGCAUCAACGUAUUUUCUCUCUAUGGCGUGUAAGAAUCAGAAAAGGCUAUUGAAGCAUCAGAUAGUCAUGAAACGUGGCUCUGCUGUCGAUAGAGAAAUUAAUCAGAAAUACGCAAACGAUAAGAAAAUGAGCACUAAGGAAAAAGAGGAGCGAGCCCUUUUUCGCAAAAACGAGGUGGCGGAUUCGGAAGCAACCUAUCUAUCGAUCUUUUUCACCAAUGUACUUUUUCUUUCGAUCAUGUUGUUUUUAGCUUUCUUCCUUCUUGGGAACCUAACCCCUAUUUUCAAUUCUCUUCUCUCUGUCAUUGGAUCUGCAGGGCUUGUAGCAUUCCUUUCAACUGCUAAGAACUAG